ACACAUGUCCACGUUUUUUUAGCCAAUUAUAUACUAUACAUAUCAUGUAUAAUCAAACGAUGAUCCCUAUCAUAUAUGCACUUCUUCCAGAUAAAAGGAAGGAGUCCUAUAUUGAGCUAUUUCAAAUAAUCGUGGAAUAUGGGACAUUGAAUGGUAUCCAGUUUUCACCAGAAAUGGCACAAACCGACUAUGAAGCAGGAGCGAUAUCUGCUCUACAAUUUGUAUUUCCCAAUAUUUUAGUAAAGGGCUGCUUCUUCCACUUUACGCAGGCCAUUUGGCGUAAAGUUCAGCAUUUAGGUUUAGUCAAGCAGUAUAAAGAAGAGACUGCUGUAUACACUAUUGUUCGAAGGAUGAGUGUAUUACCUUUAUGCAAGAGAGAGGACAUUCAAGUGGUCCGUGAUUCUUGUGUAGAUCUAGCAGCCAAUGACCCGUUAAUAUUUAGUUUCUUAAUAUAUAUGGAUACUACCUGGAUAAAUUCUGAUGCAAUCUUUCCUCAUCAAAUUUGGACCAGGUAUAAGAUUCAAGGUCCUCGCAGUAAUAAUCAUCUUGGAGGAUAUCACCAUUCCCUCAAGCGAAUGGCAAAAAAAUGCUCAUCCUGACAUAUAUUCAUUAAUUCGCGUUUUAAAAGAUAACCAACGCCUGACAGAACUUAAAGUUAUACAAAUCAAUAACGGGGAAAUAGUUACGGAGAAAAAUA